AUGUCAAUUGACUCUGAUCGUCAAGAGUUAUUUUUCAAAUUAGUAUUACUUUCCAUUCCAGCUGCAUUAGUCAAAGCAGGAAUUAUAGAUCCAUCCGCAAACAUUACAUUAGAAAAUAUGCCUUUAAAAAUCACCAAACCAACAAAGAAAUCUUCAAGAUCAUAUAGUACUAAAACUAAUAAAGAUACUUUGAAGGAUAAAAUUGAAUCAGAUUCAAAUCAAUUGAUUAAACCAAUACCUAAAAAACCUGCAGAAUUUCCUAAGGAUCCAAAAAAUAAUAAUGUUAGAUAUUGGCUUAUAAAAUCAGAACCAUUAACAAGAAUUGAUCCUAAAACAGGUAAAGAUGUUAAAUUCCCAUUAAGUGAAUUACAAAAAGUUGAAUUUGAAACAUGGGAUGGUGUAAGAAAUCACGAGGCCAAAAAUAAUAUGUUAAAUAUGGCCAAGGGUGAUUAUUUAUUAUUUUAUCAUUCAAAUACAUCAAAUCCUGGUAUUGUUGGAUUAGCAAAAGUUCAUAAUGAAGCACAUCCAGAUCCAACACAAUUUGAUCCUAAGAGCAAUUACUACGAUGCUAAAUCUACAAAAGAAGCUCCAAGAUGGUGGUGCGUUGACGUAGCAUUUUUAAGAAGAUUCAGAUCUAAAGUGACAUUAGAAGAGUUAAGAUCUAAUCCUAAAUUACAAGAAAUGUCAUUAGUCAAGAGAGGAAGACUCAGUGUGACUCCUGUGAGAUUGGAGGAAUACUAUGAAGUUCUCGCAAUGGAAAAAGAGAAACCCUUGGAUGAUGAUAUUGACUGUGAUAUUGAUAGAAAGUUUGUAGAAAUUGAAUAA